AGCUUCACAGACGCAAACUCACAAACGCGAUCAAAAGGAAAGAAAUUGUUUCUCCGUGUAAAUCUUCUUCGGGAUACAAAUUCAAGGACGCAAUCCAAGACGAUCCCAAGAAUCUACCCUUACCUUCUCUUAUUCGUCGAAGGAAAGAGUUCAAUUUCCCCGAUCUUCUCCAUUUAAAAGGAAACCUUUGGAUUCGGGAGAUCUGAGCUCUCUAUUCCGUCUUCUCUUCUUCGCUGAAGGAAACCGAAUAUGCGCCUCAAUUUCUCUCUUAAUUCAGAUCCAAAAUACCAAAAUUGAAAUUCCAAAUUGAGAAUGGAGAUUUAUCGUCAAAAGAGAUCGAACAUUUUUGAGGAUUUGACGUCAUCUUCUCUGUCGUCGUCCCCUCGAGCGCAAAACGAAUCAGCUGUUCAUCUUUCUGUCCGCCCAGAUCCAUCACCCGUUUCUUCUCCGUCUCAUCGCCACUGGACAAAGAGGGAGAUUAGUGGGCAGUGGACUUUGUUGGUGGAUAGACUAGGUAGCAUUAAUCAUAAGUGUAAGUAUGGUGUGACCCCUGUGUUCAGUUAGCAAAAAGAUUGGGAAUUGUAGUAAGCAUUGGUUAACACCACCUUUGAUCAAAUUCAUAUAAAAAUAUUGGUUUUAAUAAACUACUCCCACAUUCAGAUAGGGGAUUGUAUUGGGUUGUUGUAAUGCUCCCAUGUUGGUUUUAAUUUGUCUUUUUCAUAACAAAUCAUUUAUUGAGUGUUUGACUUCACCAAGGAUGAAGGUAAAGUGAAAAUGUUAACAUCCUCUGACCUUGCAAUUUGAAGCACAUUGUAAGCAUUUGAAUCGUUAAUUUUCUUCAUACUAUCCAGCAAUGUUGUGUUCUCACACUGUGCCUUUUUUUAUUACAUUUUGAUUUUGAUUAUUUAACUAUUGGUAAUUAAACAAUUAAGACUACAUGUUAGCAUUCCCCGUAUGUGCCACUCUUAGUGUUUUGAUGAAAAACCAAACACUUUUUGAAGAAAAAGUUUCAUGAACCUAAUGGCAACCUCUUCAAUCUCAUUCGCGGUUAGCUAGCUCUUGCUUCUACUUUUGCUUUCAUUUAUUUUAUUAUGUGUUUUGUUUUAUGCUAGAAUUUGUCAUUUGUGUGUAAAAAAUAAAUAAAGUAUCAGGAGUUAAUAAGGUUUUAGUCCCAAUGCCGUCCCAUUUGAUCCUACCAAAUUUGAUUUAUUUGUAUUCAUUAUACUAAAAAUUGUUAGCUCAAAUGAACUUUUGGGUGUUGCAGGGAUUUACGGCCAGGGGUUGCACCCUCUUCUUUUUCUAUUGAAUUUUUUUAUAUGUAUGACAAGAUCUUUCAUUCUCUUCCUCUUUUAUUUGAUGUAGUGAUAAUGUCUCUGCUUUGGAUACUUGCAAUAGGUCAAUAACAUCACACCACAACAACGACACCACCAUUUUAAAGUGGUAAUUUCCUUCCUUUGAAAUAAUUUUUUAUUUUCAAGUUCUCAAACAACCAAUGAAUUAAAAAUCACUUUUCCAUAUUUAAUUUUACUGCUUUGUGAUAUUUGAAUAUGUUCUGUAUACAUAAAUUGAUAAUCUUCAAGUUGAAGUUUAGACUUUAGGUGCAAAUAUAUCUAAUUUUUAUUGUAUACAUGUGAUCUUUAAAGAUACUGGAUCCUAAAUUUUGAUGCUAUUAAAACACAUAAGAUGGAGAAUACACAGUAUACAAUGCCAUCAAGGGUGUUGAUGAUAGAGCAGAUUGGUUUGUACCAACGUGUAGUUGUGGGUCAAAAGUGGCCCCACAUAAUGUCUCUUACUCUUGCAACGACUGUAAAAAAACACGUAGUAAAUGUGAUUCCAAGGUAAAUCAAACUAAAAACAUAAAUCUUUCUUUCUUCCAUAAAAAAAUCUCAUUUUAAAUAAGUUAGAUUCAGAUACUUUGGGAACUGAUCGUGGUUUGAAUAUACCCAGAUAUGAAAUUAAGGCUAGAGUAAAUUAUGCAAUCGAUAGUGUAAGUUUUCUAAUAUUUGAGAACGUUAGAUGUUUGUUGUUUGCAUAUAAAUCCACACCCUAGAUGAUGAAGUUCUGUGAGGUAUGUACAACUGUCUUUUAUACUAUCUAACCGACUCAUUAAAUGUUUAGUGUUUGAUAUAUCUUGCUUAAUUUUAUUAAACUUUUCCUUUGAAGUUUAUGAACACCAUUUAAGAUAUUGAAAUCUCCCUUAUUGAUGUUCAUAAAUACUGUCAGAGGAUGUAUAGUGAGGAAGCGUGCAGCGCGAUCUCUUCAAUCAAAUUUUGGUGGAUAAAUCGUUUAUUUUCAAGGUUGAGGUCAGGUUGAAAACACAAUUGGAUUUUCAACUGGUGGAAAGGCAGUGACACAAGGGCUUCAGCUGCCGUGCCAUCCAACCGGAAGAAAUAAAUUUCUCAGACUAGGAAGAUCUCGCCUUUCCUGCUACAUCGCAUGAAAUAUGUGUUUUCUCAUAUUUACUCAAGGAUUUAAGAAGUGCAAAAGUAGAAACUUCCAUCUUCGCGAAGGAAAGUCUACAAAUUAGGUUUGUUUUGAUUUUUUUGUAUUUCUGUACAGUAGAGAUAAAUCCGGUCUUGAGAUUACGUUUAGCUCUAGGUUCGAAUUGAAGAACCUCAGAUCUGGAUCAGCGCCAACAGUUUGUCCGCCAGUGUAGCUUUGAACGAAGGCGGAUGAAUGACAAUGACUAAGGUCAGACGGAGCUGCUCCAGGUUUUUGCAAUUCAAUUGUGAUGCUCAAAUUAUAAUUUGGGUUUCCACUAAUUAUUGGUUUCAAACAUGCAAUCCGAUAAUUUUUUUUUUUGGAAUUUUGUAUUUGAUGUGAGUAUAGUGGUAGAAAGAAGAAUAAUUUUUAUUGAAAAGUUCACAUAUGCAAUCCACCAUAUAUUCUCUGUUGAAUUUGUUUUGAAAUCAUAUACUUCAUAUAUUACGUAUGUUCUUAGAAUAGUUGACAUUAUGUAGCAGUAAAUACUCAUCUCCACUCUGUAGAAUUGCCCAAGCGGACUCAGAGUGAAAAAAAGUCGACUAAUUACUCUGUAUUUUUUUGGUGAAAAAACACUUUUCGUUUCUAUUUCCACCUAGAGACCCAUCUAGACAGGUCAACCUUCCAGUUGCGUUUUUAUAAAUCAAAUUAUAAACUUCAGCGAUCUAAUUCCUUUGCUUAUUUGAUAUGUCUUCCAAAAUCAUUUACCCUUUGUUGAAGAUCACUCUGACGAGUGAAUGUUGAAGAGUUUUGGUUUGGGUGAUUCGACUGAAUACCUUGCCGACGUACAAUGAUGACAAGGGGAUGGAUUCAAUUGAGACGGUACUCAUGGACCAACACGUAAGUAGAUCAUUACAUGCGUGUUUCUUUUAUUUAUUGAACCAAUGAUUAUAUAACCCGUGUUUCAAAGUUCUUCUAAAUCAAUAUUUCUGAGUAUUUAUUUGCGAGUGUUUGUGUUUGAUGAAUUGAUGGUGUGCGUGCUUCAAGUUUUUUUAGCCAAACAGUGAAUUUCUAAUCUUGAACCAAUCAAGAAUUUUGCACAAUUGUGUCAAUGAGUUGGUUUAGUCAAUUAACAGGUUGGUUCAAU